AUGCUAUCUCACACAAUUCCAGACAUUCCGUUUUAUAAAAUCGCAAUUGAUAUAGCAGAGUUUGGGGGAAAGAGCUAUUUAGUCAUUGUUGACUAUUAUUCAAGAUGGAUCGAAAUAUUAAAAUUAUUUAAUAAAACAAGUGACGCAGUCAUAGAAGUCCUUAAGCAAUUGUUUGGUAGAUUAGGUAUCCCUAGACAACUAAUUGCUGACAAUAUGCCAUUUGGUAGCUUUAAGUUCAGGGAAUUUUCAAACAAAUGGAAUUUCCAAAUUAUAACAUCAAGCCCACAUUAUGCUCAGAGCAAUGGUCUAGCUGAACGAGGGGUUAGCAUCGCUAAAGAUAUGUUAAAAAAAAGUCACCACACAGGGAUGGAUAUUGAUUUCUAUCUAUUGGCAUACAGAAAUACUCCAAUCUCUGGGUUACAAUAUAGUCCGGCCCAACUACUACAAAGCAGAGAAUUAAGGAGCACGAUGCUAGUUGAUAAAAGUAAAUUCAAACCCAAAGUAGUGUCGUGUCAUGAUAAAAUAUUACAAAAUAAAGAAAAACAAAAAUAUUUCUAUGAUAGGACAGCAAAGAAAGGAGUAGAAACAUUUGUUGAGGGACAAUUGGUCUAUGUACAGGAUAAGUUUAAUAAAACAUGGAGUGAGGGUGAAAUUUUAGAAAAAUUAAAAGAGCCAAGAAGCUAUAAAAUAAAAACAAAAAAUGGAAAUACAGUGAGAAGAAACGUACAGUGGUUAAAAAAGAGAACACAAAAUGGGUAUAAUGACGUUGGAGAAAAUGAAAAUGAUACUGAAACUGUGAAUAUUGAGACUGAAAAUGAAAAUAAUGAAAAUGAUACUGAAACUGUGAAUAUUGAGACUGAAAAUGAAAAUGAUACUGAAACUGUGAAUAUUGAGACUGAAAAUGAAAAUGAUACUGAAAAAGAAAAUGAAAGUACUAAUGAUGGUAUAAAAAGAACCAAAAGAGGUAGAGUAAUUAAAACACCCAAAAGGUAUUUGUAA